GUUUGAAAAGAGGUGUGUGUUCGCAAAUAAAUCACUUUCCAGAAGAUGCUGACUAUGACCACGACGGGGCAGAGUAUCUCCUACGGGUGGUGCGAGCCUCCAGCAUCUUUCCCAUCCUCAGUGCCAUACUCCUCCUGCUGGGGGGGGUGUGUGUGGCUGCCAGCCGCUUUUACAAGAGCAAGAGAAACAUCAUUCUGGGGGCAGGCAUUCUCUUUGUGGCUGCAGGCCUCAGUAAUAUCAUUGGUGUCAUCGUCUACAUCUCAGCAGCGCUGAGCGACAUCUCCCCCAAGAAGGAUGAGGACAAGAAGUGGCACUACUCCUAUGGCUGGUCGUUUUACUUUGGGGGCCUGUCCUUCAUCCUGGCGGAAAUGGUGGGUGUGCUGGCCGUCAACAUCUACAUUGAGAAGAACAAGGAGCUUCGCUGUCGCUCACGCACAGACCUCUUCAAAAGCACCACCCAUGCCAUGCUGCGCCUGCCCAGCUACCGCUUCCGCCAUCGCUCCCGCUCCAGCUCACGCUCAACUGACCCCUCACGGUCCCGUGACCCCUCCCCCGUUGGGGGAGGGGGCAAGAAUUUUGGUAUAACCCCCUCGGCGAUUCUGUCUCAGGGGCCAGCAGGGCCCAUGUCUGUCUCCACCCUACCCAACCCUCACUCCCAUUCGCACUCCGCCCUAGGGGGUGACAUCUCCAUGUACACCCUUUCGAGGGAUCCCAAACUGGUAGGUUUGGGCACUCUAGGGGCACCACCAGUCUAUGGGACAGUGGAUCGAGCCACUUUGUACCAGCUACAUAAUUGUUUUCCAAAAGAGGGGGGUGGAGGUGGUGGCGGGGUUCUCCUCGGGGGUACUUUGCCUUCUCUCUCCAAGUCCAACAACCCUUUAUCAGUCCAGAAUUCUUCCAAUUCCAACACCCCUCUAAAUACCUCAACCUCCUCUGCCCCAUCGUCUCAGCCCCCACCUCUGCUGUCAUCUACAAUGGAGAGAGACAGGGGCAUGAGCACCCUGGAUAGGCUCGGAAAAGCAGACCGAGAGAGGGAGGCGUCUACCACCAACACACUGAACAGGAAGACCACGCCAGUUUAGAGAUACAGAGAGCGAGGCUGGAAUCAUAGACAGUGAGCAACAAUCGGCUGAGAAUAAUGCAGUGAAUGCAGAGGUGUGACUAAGGAAAAGAUUAAUAACAACAAGAAUAACAACAAGAAUUUAAUCUAAAAAUGAUUUAUAGUGAAACUUUUUCAUAAUUUUUCAUUAUGUGGUAUGAUUGUAACUUUUGAGUAUCUCCAUAUUACUGUUGUUGUUAUUGUUGAAUUUAUUAGUGGGUUGUUCUGUAAUUAGAAUGUUAAUUUUUAAUGAUGCAUUUUUAAGUUUUUUUUUCUUUUUAAAUUGAGAAUAUACUAUAACUGUGAUUUCUUGCACAAUGACACAAAACCUGAUGAUGUUAGUGUCAACAUUUGUGCAUUUAUCUAAGUUAGGUGCAUUUAUGUUAUUAAAUACGAUUAUUUUGUAGAGGUUUAUUUUGUGAAAUUUAAAUCUGAAUUUAAUUUUUCCUGACAUUUUGUUGUUACUGUCUGAAAACUCUUCUGCUGGACUAUUUUAUUAUGAAUUAAUCUGCUAUUGUUAGGGCUGGGACCACCACACACACAUUACUGCUCUCUUUCCCAGUUUAUAUCUUGUAAUUCAACAAAGAUUGACUUGUAACUGAGCCCCAAGGAAAUCCAGGAAUAGGCUGCCAUACCAUUUUUCUCUACACUUUCCUGGUGUAGUACCAAAAGAUAAAUUAUGUAUUGACAUUUAUUGAUUUUACAGGAAAACAUGCAAAAAAAAAACAUUUUCCUGUCAAGCUACUAAAGGAUUCUUAACUGGUUUUGAAUAAAAACCUGUACCUAUAGCACCAAUAAAACAGACCGCAGUAAUUCCUAAAACCAUUGCCUCAGGAUGUAUUACCUCACCAGUCAUAAUCCGUAAAAAUAAGUUUGUUGGCUUGUUAGCUAAGAACGUUAUCAUUUCUGUACAUUUUAAUUGUUAUGAAGUGAAAUUAGCUUCUUAAGAGAGUAUUCCAUUAGCUGUACUGAAACUAUCAAUGUCCCAGCCCUAAAUUAUGCCAGUAAUAAUCAAGUCAUGGUUCAUUCUUAUUGUUAUUAUCAGAACUGAAAAUGAUUGAAAGUCUAAGAGAACAGUAGUAUGAUUGGAGGGCCAUCACAAUUAUUCAAAUCAUGUAACGACAACAAUCAGGAGAAUAACAAAAAACAGAGAAAACAAAGUACAUCUUGGUGUUGAUUACGCAAACAUAAUUUUUUAAUGGUGGUAUCAACAUUGUACACAUAUACACACAAACAUAACAUGUACACAUAUGCAUACAUUACCUACCACAACAAAACAUGACUGAGGGGCUCUUAAACACAUUAUCCAAGACAAUGCUGGUACAUUAGUGUUAAUGAAUUAUCAUAUGUUCAUUUGUAAUAUGUUUAGUUACAGAACUAUCUUCUAAUCUGUUGUCUUACCACAGUUUCUGUGUGCCUUUGGAACAUUUUUUUUUUGUCAUUUUGUGGAUUGUAGGUGUUCAAAUGCAUGGAUCACUGAGGGAUCUCCCUGAGGGGUCCUCUUUUUACUCGUUAGGGUAGCUAGGUACUACAGACAGCAGCCUUUGUAACAGAGCAUUCAUGGCACCAAAUCCUUUGGGACAGUUCAUGGUGCCAAAAAAGAAUAAUGAUUUUAAUGAAAGUAAUAUUACAUUUAAGUUACGGGAGAUCAUGUUGUCACACAACAGUGAAAUAAAAGCUGGACGACAAGUUGUAUCAGAGGGUUUCUGCUUGCGUAGAUGUUCAUCCAUUAUAAUCACGAAUAGUAUUUAAAUAGUAAAUAGUAAGUUUUUCUUUGAUAGGAAAUUAUGGAUUUUUGGAAACACUUCUCACAUCUACAAACAGCAUACAGUUAACUGAAUAUUAAAGGGAAACUAUUGGGCUCUAUUCCACUUUUCUUAAUUUUAUUUUUGGGGUCUAGUAGAAUAGAUUUACAUGCUUGAGUGUUACAGUCUGAAACACUCUGUUUGAGCUUUCAGCCCCAUCCACAUUCAGCCCAGUGUGCUCUGAUUGAUCAGCUUGCCCUACAAGUUUUGCCCCUGUUUAAUUGCCUAUUGGAAAUCCUAUUGGCAAUUAAAAAGGUCAAUAGGAUGUUGGGUUACAUUUCUAGGUGUGUGCAGAUGCUAAGAUUACUAAGAUUACAUAUAUCAAGAUUACAAGAAUUCCUUGGUAACACCCCACCUGGAAUAUUGUAUGCAGGUUUGGUCACAUUACCUUAAAAAAGACGUUGUUGCCUUAGAAAGGGUUCAACAUAGUGCUACAAGAAUGAUUUCUGGUCUUAGAGGAAUAUCUCAUGAGGAGAUGUUAGCUGAGCUGAAUCUGUUCAGUCUCAAGCAAAGGAUACUAAGAGCGGACAUGAUCCAGUUAUAUAAGAUUCUAAUAGGUAUGGAUGCUGUUCAACCAAAUAGUUACUUAAUAUUAGUUCAAAUACUCCCAGUGAGUAAGCCAUAGGCAACAGUGGCAAGGAAAAACACCCUAGAAGGAAAAAACCUUGGAAGGGACCAGAUUCAAAGGGGGAGCCGAAAUACAAUAUCUUGAGGCCAUAUGUGCAAAUUAGUGGGAGAACAUUUUAAACUGGAUUUAAGAAAGCACUUUUUUACACAGCGUGUAGUUAGAUAUGGAAUAGUCUACCUGUUUGUGUAGUGCAAGCUAAAACCUUGGGUUCCUUUAAAUCAGAGUUAGAUAAGAUUUUAACAACUUCAAGCUAUUUGAAUUCUGCCCAAAUCAGCUUGAUGGCAUCCUCUCAUUUGUAAAUUUCUUAUGUUCUGUCUUGCAUUCUAUAGACAGAUCCUAGCAGGUAUGUGGGCAAUAAGGAUUGUGUUAUGAGGUGACCUCAUCAUGUCACAGAAGUAAGGGCUGGAAUUCUAACAAGGCAUUUCAGGAAGAGAAGAUUCUCAUUUCAGAGAAGAGUGGUAUCUCUCGUAACAGUUGCUCCUUUUGAUGUGAAUUUUAGGCCUUAAGACUUUGCAGACUGUUUUCAUGCACAUAAAGCUAUAUAACACACUAAAGGACAAUGGAAAAAAACAGAAAAGCAUAAUGUAUCCUCUUUGAAUAACCAAUGAUUUUGUUUCUUUCUUUUAGACAACUAGAUGUGAUUUACAAGGUCUAAGAAGUACGAUAUGUGGAGGGCUAUGAAUUUCAGCUGACACCAAGAGACUUCCAUUCUUUCUUACAGUAUGUCUGUUUGAAAAGCUAAAAUAUCAUAAUUGUUAAAAUACAUUCAUAUUGUAGCAAUGUUAUUUGUUUAACUUUCUGUACUGGUGUAAAGGUGACAAGCAAUGCAAGUAAGCAGCUGAGAUUACGAAAGACAGUGUGAAGGCGGCUUUUAAGGGCAAAGAUCACUUCUACCCCUACUCACAUAAGCAAAAGGCACAGAGAGUGAGUUUACCACAAUAUCAUAAGCUACUAGGAAGCUACUUUAUAAGUCCUUGAAAUGCGUCCGUUCGCAUUAUUUUCAUGUCAGUAAUAUUGAUAAUUUACAUUAUUCCCUGCCGUUUUGGCGAAAGGUGGAGAACUUGCGCAACCUGAAACCCUGAUGAGCCAACUGCCUAGUUGCUUCCGUAAAAAUACAGAAGUUGUAGGUGGCUAAAUGUGUGUUACCAUGAGAAACGUUGACCAUUUGAUUUUUUCUGACAGCCGACUAGCUGUGUUUUACAUUGCUUGCUUUCUAGCUAGAGUACUAGCUAGCUAGCUCAAAAUAAAACAGUAGUUCAAUUGUCAAGUUGCACAACCUUUAGCAAUAAAGGUUUCUAAUUAA